AUGCCUGGUUUUUGGCUGAGCCAAUAUUGUUUCAGAGAGAAUUGUGGCGGCCAGCACUGCAGCAAGUGCAUAUCUACGAGUUUACAUACUCACACAAUAGCCCAACUCGGGAAGCGAUCCGAUUCCCUGAGACCAACUUUGCUCUUCAUCUCCAAGUCGCGGGAACUCGGUUCGCGAACUAAAUUGUCCGUAGCGGAUAUUCCAGAGGUCCCAUUUCGCUUGCCGUCGGCAUGGAAGAAGAGGUCUGUGGACCCUGGUGCACGUAACAAGAUAUUCGCGUCGCAGUGGAUUACGUGUAAUCACGUCGUUUAUGGGACGAAAUGCAAUCGACUUGUCUUAUAUGAUACCUCAUCAGAUUCGAGCCUUGAAAUCCCUUUGAUCAGUUCAGGAACAAGGGAGUUUUUUGGCCGAAGUUCUUGUGGUAUUCAUGCCAUCCAAGCUAACCCAUCAAAAAGUCUAUUAGCGACGGGUGGUGCCGACGUCAAUAAUAUUGGAGUCUAUGCACUGUCGGAACUCUCCCCACUCUGCCUUUUGAAGGACUGCCAUACUGACUGGGUUUUUGAUCUGCGUUGGCUUGAUGACACCUACCUUGCAUCUUGUUCACGAGACUCUUCUCUGGCUUUGUGGCGUAUUCCGAUGGAUAGUGACAACCUUCAUUUCGGUUCGCCUAGCUCAAGUGUGCAUUCUCAACAAACAGUUCAUACGCCUUGCAUCGACCGACCAGUGAGCCACGCAAUUUCUUCCAUUCCUGAUGACCGAUAUCGGGCCUUGGAGUAUCUUCCUCCACUUAAUUUGCUCACUGUUGUGUCUAUGUCACGUCGGUUAUAUCUCUACGACGCUAUCCGAAUGGGGUCAGACAAAAAAACGAAACCCAUUUUCACCCUAGCACUUCGUGAUGCCUAUCAGGAAGCCGUCGCUCUUCGUCGGUGGCCCUCCGAACCCCAUUGCGUUGCCCUCGCUACCCAUCAUUGCGUGAUACUUUUCGAUAUCCGGUGCUCGGAUCCGAUCAGCGCAAGUGGUUGUUGUAUCCAUCCACCAUUAGCUGUGUCCGGUGUGCGCUCUCUGAAUUUCUCGGGUGACGUGCUUUCCUACGGAUCAUCAAAUGGUCAAGUUCAUUUCUACGACCUUCGUGGAAGUCAGCAUCUACCUACACAUUUGGAAAUAGGGCCCGGUUGGGUUAAACCAAACGUGUGUGUCAACGACGAAUCCAGUACUCCCACUCCACUUAGCGGCGCUUCAAUGUCCGACACCAGCUGGUUUUCACGAAUCAGCAAUUCGGGUUGGCGAACCCCAAUUUCCAAUCCACCCCCUCCUACUUCAGCUUUGACCCCCGAACUACUGAUUCACGGUGCCAGCAGUUUUCCCAUACGGUCAAACAAUAUCCGCAUUAGGUUGGACCGCAGGCAGCAGCGUUUGUACGGUUUACGCAGUCGGCUAUUCCCUUCACUUAUGUAUUCACUUGCUACCCUUCAUUCGUCCGUCAGCAAUGAUCCAGACACUCGACAACAGCAGCAAGAUUAUGCUCCUCUCGCCGGUUCUUCAAGACGUAGGCAAUUACCAUUCAGUGAAACCCUCGACCGAAUUGCAGAUCCCAUUCCAACGCUAGCGGAUGACAGCGAAAGUGAGAGUGGCGAUGAUGUGGAGGAAGUAGAAGAGCCACCGGACCAAUCCAAUGACUCAGACGAUAGAGAUGAAGAGGGUGGAGAAGACGAAGUUUCAAUGGAACCCACCAAUUGGCGUCUACCUUCUACAGACUUUAGAUCCCAGGCGUCUGCGGUCAAUAUACCUCUGAUUGAUCUUCUGUCCAAUCUUCCUUCAGAUUCUAGUCUGUCUGCUCAUCGUCGGUUGGUGGCCAUUUACACCCAUGAAUAUGAUCCUUCUGGUACACGUCUCUUCACAGCUGGUGGCCCAAUAGCUUCCACCUAUCACGGAAACGUGGCUGCUUUGUGGGAGUAGCUCAAACGCCACUUGGUGGCCAGUUCCCAUAACCUCGAGUCUUUCCGUUUGCAAGUUAAUAGCGGAGCAACUGGAAGUGAAGUGGAAGUUACUUUCCAUUUUAUGUUAUUUCGACCCAUUCUUCAGGGAUUAAUUUCAUUUCUUGCGACGACAAGCAUGCUAUUGAAUUUGUUGAUAAUCACUCUUACUCAUCACUGAAAAUGAUUUCCAAAGCUGACUUCCUGCCAUGGUCUAUCUGCCACUUGUGUUUUGUUGCUUCUCAGCGAACAACAUCCCGUGGAAUGUACGUUCCCCUUGGUCAUCUUCCCUCAUACUUUGGUCUCCCGUCUGUUUUGUCCACUAUGCUCUAAUGUGGGCUCAAUCUCUUCAGUGUAUAUUUGUAAAGGUCACUUUAAAAUGCAUAAUGCCCUUGUUC